GUGCUCGGGGAGGACGCCUCGUUGGGGGAUCUGAUCUCCGAGGAUCCCUUCGUUGUGGGGGGUCUUGAGGGGCCUCCUCCCGAGGGGUUCUGGGUGGCGAUUUCUUCUUCCCAUGUUGUGGGGAUCCUGCCUUUGGGGGUCCCUUCGCUGGGAGUCCCGGGGAGCCAGCCCGGAGGGAUUCAGUGUCGGGCGACCCCUUCCUGGGAGCUCUGGGGACCCGGGGAGUCAGGCCGUGAGGGAUCCCAUGUCGGGUGACCCCUUUGUCGGAGUUUGGGGGGCCCGGGCAAACAGUCCAUGGGGGAUCCAUGUUGGGUGACCCUAUUCUUGAGAUUCUGGGGAUCCAGGAACCAACCUGUGAGGGGUACAGUAGUGGCGGGUCCGCAUAGCGAGAUCUUGAGACAUCUGGUGCCAGGGUCCCUCUUCCAAGGCGAUCCCGAGGAGCCGAUCGCAUCAGGGGGAUCCGGAGAGCAGCCCCUGAGGGGUCGAGUGUCGGGGCAACCCCUUCCGGGGACACGUCUACGUCUAGUUAGGGAAGAUCUCUGUGCUGGGGAUUCUUGGUUUAGAGAGGCCUCUUGGAGGAGGAGUUCGAAGGUCUCUAGGAUUCAGGUCUUCCUCCAUUAUGACUGUGGAAGGCUCCUUGCUAAUUGUCUUAGUUCCUAAGAGACCUUCACGGUUUUGAGUGAACUUCUAGAUUCCGCCUUGACUGGGCCCCCACAACCCUGUGCCCCAUCCUUGUCCCCUUCCCCCUGAAAAAUGGGACUAAGGGGCGAGUUAAGGUCUUGGAGAUGGUUAUUUGUACCCCCUCUUACCCUCCUGAGCACAGAAGUGAACGUUGGGCUCCCUGAGGGAAUAUUUAAUACAGUUGUUGAGUCCCAUCAACUUGAUGUUGUAUUCACGGGGACCCCAUGUGACAGAGUAGAACUGCCCCAUUGGGUUUCCUAGCCUGUAAUAUUUACGGAGCCACUGGGUGGGUUCAAACAGCCAACCUUUCAGUUAGCAGCUGAGUGCUUAACCAUUGCACUACCAGCUUUGUUUUAUCAAGCGUGUACUAGGUACAAGGCAUUGCACUAGGUGUUCUGUGAGCAUCAUUUCAUUCACAGCAAGUCUGUAAGGCCCAUGUGUUCCUUAGACCCAUUUUACAAUGAGAAGCUGUCUAAAGUGCUUAGUACUGUGCCUGGCACACAGUAGAUGUUCAGUUCAUUCAUUCAUCAAACACUUACUAAGUGUCUACCAUGGCGAUGGAGGCCCUGGGUGGUGCAAAUGGUGAACACGCUCAGCUGCUAACUGAAAGGUUGGAAGUUCAGCUCCACCCAGAGGUACUUCGGAAGAAAGGCCUGGCCAUCUGCUUUUGAAAAAUCAGCCACUGAAAACCCUAUGGAGCACAGUUCUACCCCAACACACGUGGGGUCGCCAUGAACUGGAGUCAGCUCAUUGGCAACUUUUUUUUUAGUAUGUUGACAGACACUGCUAGGUCUUAGGGACCUAGGGACACAGCAGUGAACAGAAUAGUGUGUGUGUGUGUGUGUGUAUAUAUAUAUAUAUAUAUAUCUUAAAUUCUGUCCUCAGGGAGCUUACUUUGUAGUGGGAGGAGACAGACAAUUAGACAAUGAAUAGACCAGUAAAAUAUACAGAAGGUCAGGUGCUAUUUGCAUUAUGGAGAAAAAUAAAGCAGAGACAGGGAGUGCUGGGGAGUGGAGGACUUGCUUGUUAAACAGGGUGGUCAGUGACACCAAGACCUGAAAACCCAAGAAAUGUGAGCUAUUAAUGUUUUUAUUCCAAAUGAAGAAACUACGCUCAGGGCAUGGCCAGGAGGGCACUGUAGGUCUAAGCCCAGAGCUCAGCCACCCCCUCCUUCACCUCCUGUAGCCCGGGCUGCCUUCUGGCCAUAGAUUUCUCUUUAUUCCCAGGAGUUUGAGUUUUUGGGGACGAGGAGGCACCAAGGAGCCUUGGCCAGGUUCUCAAGUCUGCGAGUCCCCAGGCAGACGUCUGGGCACCAUGGUGACCGAGCAGGAGGUGGAUGCAAUUGGGCAGACGCUGGUGGACCCCCAGCAGCCCCUACAGGCCCGCUUCCGGGCGCUGUUCACCCUGCGCGGGCUGGGUGGCCCUGGCGCCAUCAGCUGGAUCAGCCAGGCCUUCAGUGAUGACUCUGCCCUUCUCAAGCACGAGCUGGCCUACUGCCUGGGCCAGAUGCAGGACGUGCAUGCCAUCCCUGUACUGGUGGACGUGCUGCGGGACACCCGCCAGGAGCCCAUGGUGCGCCACGAAGCAGCCAAGAAAAUCCUAUGGGGCAGUUCUCAGUCCCGCGGAGUAGGCUGUGGGUCCAAACCGACUCAACGGCAUCCGACAACAACAACAACUCAUCGUGUGGAGGGACCCCAUCGUGUUUAUCCAUUCAUCCGUGGAGGGACACCGGGCCAUUUCCACCUUUGGGCUCUUGUGAAUAGCAGUGCGGUGAAUACUGGGGAGGCACUGGGGGCCAUUGGGAAGCUGGAAGUUCUGGAGAUCCUGAAGCAGUACUCCACCGACCCUGUUGUUGAGGUGGCUGAGACGUGCCAGCUGGCGGUACGGCGGCUGGAGUGGCUGCAGCAGCACGGCGGAGAGCCGGCGGUGGUGGGGCCGUACCUCUCGGUGGACCCAGCCCCACCGGCGGAGGAGCAGGAUGUGGGGCGGCUUCGGGAGGCACUGCUGGAUGAGGCCCGGCCACUCUUCGACCGGUACCGGGCCAUGUUUGCCCUGCGUAACACCGGUGGCAAAGAGGCCGCCCUGGCGCUUGCUGAGGGCCUGCGCUGCGGUAGCGCGCUCUUCCGCCACGAGGUGGGCUACGUCCUGGGCCAGCUGCAGCACGAGGCGGCCGUGCCCCAGCUGGCGGCCGCGCUGGCCCGCCGCUCCGAGAACCCCAUGGUGCGGCACGAGUGCGCCGAGGCCCUGGGCGCCAUCGCCCGGCCCUCCUGCCUGGCCGCGCUGCGAGCCCACGCGGAGGACCCCGAGCGCGUGGUGCGCGAGAGCUGCGAGGUGGCCCUGGACAUGUACCAGCACGAGAGCGGGCCGGACUUCCAGUACGCCGACGGGCUCGAGCGCCUGCGCCAGCCCCCCUGCUAGGCCCCGCCCCCUGCCAGGCCC